GUGGCAGUAUAUUAUAUGUAGCCAAAAUCUCUUUACUAACCUUAUCUCUCUCUUUUUAAUCAAUUUCUAUAUAUAUAGGCCGUACGUGAUACACGACACGACAGGUCAUGAUCAUUUUCAUUUUUAGUCACCAUUUUUUUUUCCUUUUUUGUGAUAGAGACAAAGAGGAGUAAAUGAAUUAUUUGGCAUUUCAUGAACCACAGCCAAAUCGAUCCCCAGCCAUAUACAUUUUAAAAUUAUUUUUGAAUGCAUUGCUCAAUUGUGCUAACUCAUCUUUUUUCCUUUGAUAUAUACGCACUCUAUAUAUAUAUAAUGUACAUACAUCUACAUAUAUACUAUAUAGCUACUUAUAAUAAUAAUAUCAAUAAUGUCUAUUUUUGUUCUUUUACUACUCUUUUUUCUUUCACUCCAAUGGUUUUUUAUUUCUGGUUCCCCCACCACACAUGAUCAGAUUCCCAAGCAUUAUGUGAUAUAUAUGGGAGCACCAAAAACAUUAUCACCAAAUGUAAGCAAAGAAGAUGCUAAAGUUGCUGAUGAAUUAGCUCAUUUGCAGUUACUCUCCUCCAUCAUCCCAAGGGAAGAGAAGGAAAGAAUAUCUCUAAUCCACCAAUACCACCAUGCGAUUAGAGGAUUCUCUGCCAUGCUUACCGAUAAUGAAGCUUCCAUUUUAUCAAGUCAUAGUGAAGUGGUAUCGGUCAUUGAGGAUGAAAUUGUUCAACCACAAACAACACGUUCAUGGGAUUUUUUAGAAGCAGGAAUGGAGUCAAAAUGGGGUUUGGAAAAGACUGUCACCAGUAACAUGAUUAUUGGGGUAAUAGACUCAGGGAUUUGGCCGGAGGCUGAAAGUUUUAGUGACAAAGGAAUUGGGCCAAUACCUUCAAAAUGGAAGGGAGGUUGUAUGACGGCAUCAGAUUUCACCUCCUCCAACUGUAACAGGAAAUUGAUAGGUGCAAAAUACUACCUUCCUCCAUCGGCAAACAAGGAAAGGUCACCAAGGGAUUCAACUGGGCAUGGAACACACGUGGCCUCCAUUGCAGCUGGUUCAGUAGUUCCUAAAGCUUCAGAAAUGGGUUUAGGCAGUGGGAGUGCGAGAGGUGGUGCACCAUCAGCAAGGAUUGCCAGCUAUAAGGUGUGUUAUGGUGGUGGUUGUUCAAAUGCAGAUGCAUUAAAAGCCAUUGAUGAUGCAAUCAAUGAUGGAGUUGACAUAAUCUCUAUCUCAACUGCCUACAAUUCUAAACUCGCCAACACCUACUUGAAAGAUCAAACUGCCAUCGGUGCUUUUCAUGCUGAGCAAAAUGGUGUCUUGGUCGUUCUUUCCGCCGGUAACAUCGGCCCCGAUCCGUACACAGUUAGCCACACUGCACCCUGGAUGUUUAGUGUCGGAGCUUCCUCCAUUGAUAGAGAUUUCAGGUCUAUAAUUCAUCUUGGAAAUGGGAAAACUCUCAAUGCAAUUGGCAUUAAUCAUUCACAACUUUCACGAUCAGUUAUAUAUCCAGUUGUAAUUGGAAAGGAGGUAGCUAUUAAUCCUUCGGUUGUAUCAACAGCAGAAAAGUGCUACAGAGGAUCUUUAGACAUAAAGAAAGUGGCUGGAAGUAUUGUGGUUUGUCUUGAUGGUGGGGAUGCUACACGUUUAGACUUUGAGCCUUUAAGAGCAAGCAAAGGAAUAAUAAUGUAUACGGAAAAAACUAUACCCAUUUCUACACAAACUUUCCCAUGGGUACUACUAAACAAUAUUGCAGAGUAUGACAUUCUUAUAAACUACAUCCACUCUACCGCGAAUCCAAAAGCAACAAUUUAUCCAACAGAAGAAGUUCCAAAAUUGUAUAAACCUGCACCAGUGGUGGCUAACUUUUCAGCGAGAGGUCCUGGACAAUUUACAGAAAACAUUCUAAAGCCCGAUAUAAUGGCUCCUGGAGUGGCAAUUUUAGCUGCUGCUAUGAACACAUCAACGUUCAAGUUUGAUUCUGGAACCUCUAUGGCUUGUCCACAUGUAUCUGGAGCUGCUGCUUUCAUCAAGUCUGUUCACCCUACAUGGACUCCUUCUAUGAUCAAAUCAGCACUUAUGACAACCGCAAGUGCGUACGACAACACAGGGAAACCAUUAAAAAAUGAACGAAACCUAAUGGCAACUCCUCACGAGAUUGGAUCUGGAGAAUUAAACCAUAUGAAAGCUCUAGACCCAGGGCUUGUCUUUGAAACAACCACACAAGACAAUUUCAAUUUCCUCUGUUACUACGGUUAUACAGAGGACAAAAUAAAAUCCGUAAUUAAGGACGCAAACUUGCAAUGCCCCAAAAACUCAAAACCAGAACUCAUCACAGAUAUUAAUUACCCAUCCAUCUCUAUUGGAAAUCUAAAACGACAGCAAUCAACUCCUACAGUCGUCAAAAGGACUGUGACCAAUGUGGGACCCUCCACCUCAACAUACACUGCUCGAGUCAAUUCACCGAAAGGCUUAGUUGUAAAGGUUAAUCCUGAUAAGAUUGUGUUCAGCAACAAUUUGAACAAGGCUUCCUUUCAGGUGUCGUUUGAUGGCAAAGGGGCUGCUGUUGGAUAUAAUUUUGGAGAUAUUACUUGGUCCGAUGGUCUUAAUCAUUCUGUGCGUGUUGUGUAUGCUGUCAAAGUAGUAUAAUUUUACUUGUUAAAGGAAUAAAAUAAGUAAAAUUAUAUCAUAUAUAUAUAUAUAUGUGAAUAAUAGUAAUAUAUCUUAAUCUUAUGUAAUAAUAAAUUAAUGUAAACAAUUUAUGCAUGUCAUGUCAGGUAUCAUGCAUGCAUAUAUGUUUUCAUUUAUUAUUUGGCAAAGGUGUGUUUGUUCACACAGAGUGGUUAUGGAAUACUUCUCUAUUUGAAUUUUGUAGAAUGUCUACAAAGUUUGAUUUUAUUAUAGUGUAAUAAUAUAAUAUUGAAUAAAUAAAGAGUUUUUUUUCUUUUA